CGUCUACACCCAGCCACCGAUCAUUGUGAUCACGUGGACAGACGCGACUGCACUGAGCGACGCGCGUACAGUGCACUGUACAGUCCCGUACAUCACCAAGCCUACACACUGCUUGCUACGCGUAACGUCUGUCCGGUCCAUUUUAUUCUAACCUCACACAAGACGCAUCAUGGCCAGCGCUGACGGAGGAGCCUACAGUUACUCGCUUACCGUCUUCUCGCCGAGCGGAAAGCUUGUACAAAUUGAACACGCGUUGGCAGCAGUAGGCAGGGCACAACAAGUCUGGGGAUCAAAGGUGACCACAAAUGGCAUUGUCAUUGCAACUGAGAAGAAGUCCCCCUCCAUCCUCAUCGACGACUCCAUGAUCGAGAAGGUCGCCAUCAUCUGCCCCAACAUCGGCAUCGUCUACUCGGGCAUGGGCCCCGACUUCCGUGUGCUCGUAGCGAAGGCGCGCAAGUCCGCACAGGCGUACUGGAAGAUCUACGGCGAGUACCCACCCACGAAGACGCUGACGCAGGAGAUCGCGACGAUCAUGCAGCAGGCGACACACUCAGGUGGUGUGCGACCUUACGGCGUGUCGCUGCUUAUUGCUGGCUGGGACAUCACACGCGGGCCGACCCUGUAUCAGGUAGAUCCCUCAGGGUCCUACUGGGCCUGGAAGGCGAGCGCGAUCGGCAAGAACAUGGUGAACGCGAAGACUUUCCUCGAGAAGCGGUAUAACGACGACAUCAGCCUUGAGGAUGCCAUCCAUACGGCACUCCUGACGCUGAAGGAAGGUUUCGAGGGGCACAUGACAGAGAAAACAAUCGAGAUUGGCGUCGUGACCGUCCCAAGCCUGGCUGAACUUGAAUCGGGGAAGAUCGAGGGCACAGGGAGGACGAAGCCUACGUUCAGGAAACUGACCGAAGAAGAGAUUCGAGACUACUUAGCGAUGUAGAGUGCGGUUGACCCUCCAUGGCACGGACUGUGAUGUAUAUCUAGCGCCUUUUUCUGAGUGGUUCAGCAGUGCUUGCCAA